CGGUUUAUCUCAACCAAACUUUGUCGAGUCCGGCCUCCCACCCUCAUUUUUUAUUUUGCUAGAUGUAGUUCUAGAUCUUUGCAGGUGUCUGGGUUUGUUGCUUGGUGGGAUGGAUUGAACAUUCGCUGGAUACUCGUCCCCCCAUGCUUGAUUUGUCGUAGGCAAAGAUGAAGACUUUAGAGAGGAUUUCAGAUCUGCCGUGGAGGUUGAGUUCUUUGAAAGGAGAUGAAGAAGAUCUGAAAUGUUGCCAGUGGUGAUUUCUUCUUGAUCUUCAUAGGUCUGAAAUCUUGGUGAAAAAUCUGCAUAGGUGCUCUAGAUGGAAGAUGCCUCCAUCUGCCAUGAGCAAGUGCCAGAUAGUGAAUGCAUUGAGGAUCAGAAAGAAUGUGGUGUAAUAGCUGAAUUAGAUGGUCAGAAUGGUUUUUCUGAAGGAAGAAAGGAAUUUGUGGCACCUGCUGUUGGGAUGGAGUUUGAGUCCUAUGAUGACGCCUACAAUUAUUAUAUCUGCUACGCCAAGGAGGUGGGAUUUCGUGUAAGGGUGAAAAAUUCAUGGUUCAAGCGGAAUAGCAGGGAAAAGUAUGGUGCAGUUCUAUGCUGUAGUAGUCAGGGUUUUAAAAGAAUAAAAGAUGUCAACCAUUUAAGAAAGGAAACAAGAACUGGUUGCCCUGCAAUGAUAAGGAUGAGGCUAGUGGACUCGCAGAGAUGGAGGAUACUUGAGGUUACACUUGAACAUAACCACCUUUUAGGUGCUAAGUUAUACAGAUCAAUUAAGAAGAUGGGAACUGGAACCAAAUGGAAACCCCCGCCUGGUUCUGAUAAUGAAGUGCGAACAAUCAAGUUAUAUAGGGCACUUGUGAUAGAUGCAGGUGGUGAUGUUAAUGCAAACUCAAGUACCAGAGCAUUCAGGACUUCUUUGGAAUCGUCCUCUAAGUUGAGCCUUAAAAAAGGUGACACGCAGGCCAUUUAUAACUACUUUUGUCGCAUGCAACUGACCAAUCCAAAUUUCUUUUACUUGAUGGAUUUUAAUGAGGAAGGACUGUUGAGAAAUGUAUUUUGGGCUGAUGCUAGGUCUAGGGCUUCCUGUGGCUAUUUUGGUGAUGUUAUUUAUUUUGACAACUCGUAUUUGUCAAACAAAUAUGAAAUCCCUCUUGUGGCAUUUGUUGGAAUUAAUCACCAUGGUCAAUCAGUGUUACUGGGUUGCGGUCUACUCGCUGGUGAAACAUUAGAAUCAUACAUAUGGUUAUUCAGAACAUGGGCUACGUGCAUGCCAGGAUCUCUUCCCCAAACUGUCAUCACUGAUAGGUGCAAGGCUUUGCAGAGUGCUAUUGCAGAAGUUUUUCCUAGGACACGUCAUUGUUUUGGCUUGUCACUAAUCAUGAAAAGAGUACCGGAGAAGUUAGGAGGGUUGCGUAAUUAUGAUGCAAUCAGGAAAGCCUUGAGUAAAGCUGUUUAUGAGACGAUGAAAGUAAUUGAAUUUGAAGCAGCUUGGGGAUUUAUGAUUCAGCGAUUUGGAAUUUGUGAUCAUGAGUGGCUUCGUUCUAUCUAUGAAGACCGAGUUCAUUGGGCUCCAGUAUUCUUGAAGGACACAUUUUUUGCUGGAAUGUCUGCAGCAAGUCCUGGUGAGACCUUGAGUCCUUUUUUUGAGAAAUAUGUGCACAAACAGACUCCUUUGAAGGAGUUUCUUGACAAGUAUGAAUUAGCUCUUCAUAAGAAGCACAAGGAAGAAUCUGCUGCUGACAUUGACUCUAGAAGCUCUACUCCCUUGCUGAAAACAAGAUGUUCCUUUGAAUUGCAGCUAUCCAGAAUAUACACACGAGAAAUAUUCAUGAAGUUCCAAUACGAAGUUGAAGAAAUGUACUCUUGUUUUAGUACCACACAGUUACAUGUGGAUGGUCCGAUUAUAAUUUUUUUAGUCAAGGAUCGUGUUUUAAGUGAAGGAAAUAGAAGGGAGAUCAAGGACUUUGAAGUCUUGUACAACAGGACAGCCAGCGAAGUUCGCUGCAUCUGUAGCUGCUUUAACUUCAAUGGGUAUUUAUGUAGGCAUGCACUGUGUGUGCUCAAUUUUAAUGGGGUGGAGGAGAUACCUUCCAGAUACAUACUUUCCAGAUGGAAAAAAGAUUAUAAGCGCCUGCAUGUUCCUGAUCGCAACUCUGGUAUUGUCGAUGAGACUGACCGCAUUCAAUGGUUUAAUCAGUUAUUUAGAAGCUCCUUGCAAGUUGUCGAGGAAGGGGCAAUUUCUCUAGACCACUAUAAUGUAGCUUUGCAUGCUUUUCAGGAAUCAUUGAGUAGGAUACAUGAUGUAGAACAGAGACAGGAGUAAUCUUCAAAAUGUAACAUACUAGAUAAAUGAACCAUGUUCGUGCCCGGUACGUUUGUAUAUUUCCUUGCCUGCUUUUGCCGAGCACUAUCUAGGUUGUUGUAGAAUGUCCAUAAAAUGUAUAUAUUAAGAGAUUUUGGGUCAACACUUGUUUCUGUAUCUUAUCAUUAUUCAGUCAUUGAUCAAUGAAAUCUCCUGAUGGUGUCCUGCU